UAAUUAGUCUUUCUCACUCUGUUACCGAAAGACGGUUUGACGGUAUUAUUGAAGUAUGGAAAAAUGGAAAAUGGUCGGAAAAUAUUUGUUUUUCAGACGUGAACUUGAUUAUCGAAGCCAAUUUUCGGUGAUUAUAUUUUGUUAAAUAUUAAGUGUUUAUUUUACAUUUAUAAGAAAUGUGGAGUUACAUAAAUCGCGUAGUUUUUACGCAUCAUAAUGUUAACGCUGUAAAUUCAAUUUACUGAAUCCACGUAUCGGAGUAAAAUAUAAGAUUUAAUAAAAAUGUUAACAUAGUGAGCCAAUAAGAAAUAUGGCUAGAGAUGGGGACGUGCCUACUAUUUUCAAUCCUAAGAGAGUACGCACGCCGUCUGUUAUAAUAACUAGCGAAGAAGUGGAAAGCGAGCAGGGUGGUGAUGUCGAGCGCGAACGUCCAAACGGGCCUCCGACGCCGAUAAGUCCUAGGGCGCCGCUAACUCCGCAGACUUCGGUGUCUUCAGCCCCACCUUUGACCACCCAACCGUCGCUGCAGCAGGCCUACAGCGAGUCUGCAGCUAGCAGUCAAGAUGAGGAGCGGCAAUUACGAGAUAAAAAGUGCCCGCGGUCAUGCUGUUCCAAAGUAGCCAAAAAGAUUUACUAUGGCCUCUGUGUCACAACAACCAUUGUUGUUUCCUGGGUGACUGUGACCCAAUCCAUAAAAUACAUGUAUCUUCAGAAGUACUCCCAUGCGGACAUCUUUUUGGGUGGUACAGAAUCGCCAAUUAAUAAUAAUUAUACAUCUAGAAUUCCAACACAUCACCAUUUCAAUGCCCCGUUCUUCACUGCAUGGUUCUGUACAAACUGGCUUAUAUUUUUCUACCCUCUUUACUUAAUAAUUAUGCUUAUUCACAACAAAUGUAAAUCAGCCAAUACCAUUGUGGGUGAUGCUUUCACGGACUUUAAGGAAAAGGGAUUCACUUUUGCCCGUUUCCUGAGUCGCUGCGGUUUGUUCUGUCUGUUGUGGGUGGUCACUAUAUACAUGUACACAUAUGCCUUGAAGAUACUUCUAUCUACUGAUGUGGUGGCAUUGUUUGCUACUAAUGUAUCCUGCGUGUAUCUCCUCUCGUGGGUGAUACUUCAUGAGCAGUUUGUUGGUGUGAGGAUAGUGGCGGCUAUCCUGUGUGACACGGGUAUAGCCCUGCUAGCAUAUAUGGAUGGUAUCACCGGUAGUUCAACGUUGGGUGGUGUUGUGCUCGCCGCUUGUGCUGCUGCUGGGUUUGCUAUAUUCAAGGUGUUGUUCCGCAAGGUGAUGGGUGAAGUGAGCAGCGGCCAGCGAGCUCUGUUCUUCUCGGUGCUGGGCGUGGUGAACGCGACCCUGCUGUGGCCGGUGAGCCUGGCCCUGUGUCUGACCGGCGCCGAACAGCUGCCGGCCUUGAGGAUGCCCUGGGUGCCGCUGUUGUUGGCCAGUGUUGCACUGCUCGUUUUCCACCUCGUGUUCCAGUUCGGCAACCUCAUGACCUACAACAUCUUCGUGUCUCUGGGGCUCAUAGCGGCCGUGCCUGUGUCUGCUGGUCUGGACGUGGUGCUGUACGGAGUCGAGUUCGAAGGCAUGAAACUGGCGGGCAUCAUACUGAUAGCUGUGGGCUUCUUCCUCGUCAUGUUCCCCGACAACUGGCCCGACUACAUCAUGAGGUUGCUACGCUGGAGCAGGAGUCGCCAGACGGCGCAGGCCGGCGGCCGGCGGCGGGACGCGGUCGACUACCGCACGGGGUACAUACGGUCACAUCUGAGGUCGCCCUCGGGCAGGGUGCGGUGACCGGAGACGGACGGAGAAGCGGAGCCUGAGUAGGAGGGCGGGAGAGUGGGAGAGUGGGAGGGGCGUAGAGAGAACGGGGAGGGGAUUAGAGUGGAGGGAAAGGUUAGUGCCGGGUUAGAGUUAGUAGACUUUGUGUACUGAUGGAAGGUGUGGCCCUGUAUGGUUAGUUGGUUACAGUGUUGUGUCGUGUUAGAUGUAGAUGUUGGCAAGUGUCUAACAUCCCGGAUGGCAUUCGUUUAAUUCUAAACUAACUUUACGAUUACCGCAUACCGGUUUUGUGUCCGAUUGUUUAUAAAUGUUUUGUACAAUGUCGCCAUCGCCGGGUUAUGAUUCUCUGGUACUGCGGAUAUCAGAUUUUUAAACGGUUUUAUAGCAAUACAUUUUCUAAUCGAUUAUUCUAGGCUACAUGUGAACACUGACGAGAUGUUCCUAUGUAUAUCAUUGAACAUUACACUUGGUCUCGCAUCCCGCUUAGUGCUCAUGAUUUAGGAUACACACAUACAAUAAUAUACAAGCAACCCUGCCAUCACACGACAAAUAACUUGAUAAAAUUUCAAUAAUCGCAACUUUUGAUGGGUUACGAAUUAACAUAAUACAGAUUAUAUAUACUUUUUUUAUUAUAAUCGGAAGUUUCUGUGAGAAUCGAUGAUAAAAUCGAUUUUAAUUCUAUUCGGUUCCUAUCGAACACACAUUUGUAGUAUUGAAUCUCGAUUAUUAGUUAAAUUUGGUUGUCAUAUAAUUUCAGCCGUCCUCACGUGUCAAAUGAUGUCUCUAUAUAAGAACUACGCAUAUAAAAAAAAUUUUAUAAAAUGAGAAAUACACAAACUUAUUAUUAAAGUUCUGUAUCUGGUAGAUAACAUAAAAUUUAGAUACACCCUUUUUCUCUAGAUCGGUAAAAAUUUUCUUCGUAUCUCUCUCGUUUGUAUGAACACUAGUGUGUCACGAAAGCUAUACUCAAUUAUUCUUAUAUAUAAUUCCAUACUAAAUUCUAACGAAAUUUCUAAUAUUCUAUGCAAGAAAAAUUAUUGCACUCACAAUUUUUUUUUAUUGAUAUUGGACUUAUGAAUAAAACAGUUACACCAUACCAAAGAGGUUUAUAGUAUGAGGUUAACUUGAACCCAUGUACAUACAUAGAUUGUAUUUAGGUAUGAAAGCACAAGUUCAGUGAGACGCUUAGUUGUCUGUCGGUGCGAGCGACGUCGGGUUACGAUAAUAGUCUUUGAUCUCUUAAUAAUAGCUGCCUCUUAGAUGUCUUAGUGCCGACGCGAUGGCUCGGUCACUCGGACGUAAUGAAGUAUAAUUCAAUGAUUCCUAAUCGAUGUUGUGAUAGUAGCUAGAGUAGUGAGUGGAGUGGAGAGGAGUCGACAGGAGACGAUGUAAACAAAGCAAUUGAAUGACGGCUUCCUAACAACGGAUAUAUAAACGAAUUUGAUAUUUAAAAUGACGAGAAUAUAAUUUUAGUCAGGGUAACACUUUAGACUAGCGUUUAGAACUAGGUUCGUAUUUAUUUUUUUAAUAUAUAUGUAUAUAUAAACACCGCCCCAAUACAGACUGGUUAUGUUUUAGAGGUCGCGCUGUAUUUAACUCCCUAUCGUUAGACGCAAUACAGUAUGUGGUGUCAGAUCUGUCGCUUGGUUCACAAGGCGCCGGGUUCGCCUCGAUGACAUUCACAAUGGUGUUUCUAUCGGAAACUUUACAUCGGUAAAGGCACAACUCUGUUCUAUUAAAUACCGAUUGACGUGUAUCGUGAUUGCUUUAAUAGUCAUUAAUAGGCCAUCCUUGAUUUUUUUUGCGUUUUUCUUUGAAGCAAUACAUUAUUUAUUUAUAAUGAUUUUUUUUUGCUAAAGGUAUUUUUUUGUUAUACAUAUAGUUCUUUAUGAAAAUCGUUAUUAUAGUCCUCGCUAAUGCUAGUCACCUAUUGCUACGGAAUAAGCGGCGAGACGGGGAGGAAAAAUGACUUGACUUACACGAGAUAUUUGAGUACAAACAAAUCUGCAGACAGUCAAUGAAAUAUUUCUUUUUUUGUAUGUCUGAAAAGAAAUGUAUAUCUAUAUAUAAAAUUAACGUAUAAUAUGAUUAACUUUGUCAAAUAGUUUACUGCAACGUAUAUCAAUGCAGAACAAAAAAUACGUUAGUUUUCAUUAUUACUUUUUCCAAAUAAACUCCCC